UUUGGACUGAUCUGAGUCCCCAACUCCAGGAGAGCCAUGGUUUCAGGAAGACCAGGCCAAAAAGAACUGGCACACAGCUUUGGAUAGAGAGCCCCUAUCUUAUUUCUAGGGAUCCAUCUAAGACCAACCAUUGAAGACAUGACCUGAGCUGAGUGCUAAUGUAGUUCAGUACUGCAAAAAAAAACCCCAAAAACUUUUUUUUCUCUUUUUGCCCUGCCCCUCUUCAAUCCAGAAAUUCUUGUUCAUAACCUAUUUCUUUCCCAUUCCCAACCAAAGUGUUGCCUGUGUGUAAGUGUGUUCUCUGUGUGCAAAUGAAACAUCUUGUCCAUUUGUCUCCCUUUUUAUUAUGGCAAGAAGCCCCUAGUAUUCUUGCUUUCUUUUUAGUGGCAAGAAUCUGCUUUUCUCUUUCAGCCUUCUCCUGUAACUGAAUGCAGUGCAAAGUGAAUUGCUUCUUGAAAUCCUUCCCCACUCUCUGAACUUGGCUUCAUCUUUAAUUAAAUUGAAUGUGCUACUUCCUGAAUUUCUGCAUCUCUCAGUGAAUUCAUUGGUCUAAAUUCCUCAUCAUUAAAUGGUGGUGAUGUUGCUUCCACUAGCUUUUGUUACCAAUUGUUAGCAAACUCUUUUGGCAAGCCACUGGAAAAUGAGUUAGGACGAAAGUAGAACUCUUGCUGGUUUAAGGACAGGCAAAUCAAAGCCUGCAAAAUGAAUGAAAGCAGAACGUUGGCUGAGAACAACAACACUGACGAGGAGGCAAAAGAUUUUGCUGACAGCUUUAACCAACUUGAACUACUGGAAACCCACCGGCAUCUAAUCCCCAGAGGAACACACAGUCUUUGGUCUGGAGACUCUGAUGAGGAAGACCAGGAAGAAAAAACAGAGGAAUGGUACCAGGCUCAAGAGAAAAAGUUGGCAAAUAGCCCAGACAAGCUUCUGCUUUGGGCAGCUGAAAAAAAUAGGCUUGACACAGUGCAAAGGCUCUUGUCUCAAAACCUUGCGCUGAUAAAUGUCCAGGAUGAAGAUCAGUAUACCCCUCUUCAUCGCGCUGCCUAUAAUGGACACUUGGAAGUGGUGCGUGAGCUGAUUGCUCAUGGUGCAGAUGUCAAUGCGUUGACCGUGGAUAGUUGGACCCCUCUGCACAGUGCUUGCAAAUGGAAUAACACAAAAAUUGCCUCAUUCUUGCUCCAGCAUGGGGCAAAUGUCAAUGCUCAGACCAACGGGUUGCUUACACCCUUGCACUUGGCAGCCGGAAACAGAGAGAGCAAAGAGACCCUUGAACUUUUACUCAUGAAUCGGUAUUUGAAGCCAAAUCUCAAAAACAACUUGGAAGAGACAGCUUACAAUAUUGCUCGGAGGACUGAUAAAUACCAUUACUUGUUUGAAAUUGUUGAACACUGCACAAACUCUGUCACAGAUUCUUAGGAAUUGUCGACAGAGCGCACACUGCGAGAGCAUUCAUAAGAAAACUAUUUUGUUGUUGUAUCUCAACUCUUUAUGUCAUAAUUUUAUUCCUGCAGGUGCUGAAAGAAGGCCCUGUUGGGUAACACUGGCAUUAUUUUAAUAAGAUAAGCUAUGCUACCCGUGUGAAACAUUUUCAGUUUAACUUGAAAAACAUGGUUAUUUUGCUGCUUUCCCCAUUCAUUGUAGGAGAAAUGGAAAUAAUUCACAGGGCCCCAAAAUAACAUGUAAAUAUUCAGUGGGGGAAGCAACGCUGUUCAAAACAUUAGCUUCUCCUUUUAAAGGCAUGCAGAGUUUUAACACAACUUAUGGGGUGACUGAUAAUUUUCAACAGAGAAGAGCGCUGAAUUUGAACUACUGCCAAAACUUGCAGCAUUCACACAGAUGUUAAAGUUAGUGGCUGCCAGAAAUCGAGCUACCUGGUUAAUAAUGCAAUGUGAUUCAGAUUUCCAAAAUCUACUUCAGUGUGCUGGUGCAAUAUAAUAUGCCUGUGUCUAAUUCCAUAGUUGCAGAAUGUUACAUUUUAUGUUCUCAGGUUUUGCUUUUUAAAGUGACAAUAUGGAUGCCUAUGUGUGGAAGUGUUUUGUUUGUACUACGUGAUUUACUGAUCUAAUUUCUGGGUCCCAUUCCCCGAUCUAGUGCUUUUUAGUUAUUUUAGAACUUCAUUAUCAGAAUUUCUAGCUAAUAUGUCCAGUGGUCAUGUUGUCUGGCAGUUCGGGGAAUUGUAAUUGCAGCACAUUCAGAAGUUAACAGAAGGGGGGAAACUGUUGUAGGUCUUUGAUAAACCACAUUUAGUUGUUCCGUUUUUAAAAAUGGUUUGUGUUCCUUCAGUAUCACUGCAAUUCACAAACACUUAUUAGUGAUAUUUCAAAGUUAUUUUCAGCAGCAAAAAGCGCUACAGCUGACUGGUCCAAAGAUUGCUUGGAAAGACUUUAUUGCACAUCUGCUUGCCUUCUUAAGUUAUGUUUUGAUUUUUGGAAGACUUUGGGUUGUCAUUCAGAAAUAAUCUGUGAAGUAAUCUAUAAUAUGUAUUUGAGGAUACUUAGGGCUGGUUCACAUGAUUCUUUGAUACACCUGAGAUUGAUUGAUUGAUUGAUUGAUUAAUUGAUAUAUCAAAAUCUAUUUAGAUUAUUUUUUUUUUGCAAUUUAUUUGGAGUUUUUUACCAGGUAAAAAUUGCACAACUCUUUCAUGAGAUUUUAUUUGCAUGUCCAUAGUUAUGUAUAGUAUGUGAAGUGGCAUUUGUAUGUGUUUCUGUGCAAUGAAGAGUGGAAAGUGUGCUGAAUGUGAAAGUUACAACUGAAGUGAGUUUUUGCAAAAAUGAUGAGUUUGUGAGAAUACAAGUAUCUUUUGCUGCAGCUCAAAUUUCUCACGUGUACUCUGUCUGCUAUUCUGAAUGCCUUGUGUGAACCAACCCUGACUAAAACAAAAUCCCUGUAAAAUGGGGUUUAUGUGGCUUGCUGUGGCAUGAUGUUGUUUCACUGUAAAAUUAGUUGUCUUGGUUCAUUAAAGUUAUUUCUGAAUAAGUGAU